CUCUUUGUCCUCUUGCUUCAUUUUGCCCAGCCAACAAGGCACUGCGUGGCACCCCGUAAGCUUUACGCCACACAUAAAUAUGGAUAUUCAUUAUUCAUCCAAGAACAGAUCGAGGGGCCUCCCGCCAUUCCUCUCUGCUCAGCCAGGUUCCAAGUCAACAGAAGACUUGAGAAGUCAAGCCCAGACUAGUCAUUCAAACCCGGGUUGGCCGUCAUUAAAAAUCACCACCCAACAAUGCGAUCGUAUCAGCCUCACCUUCCCGAGUUAAUAUACAAAACCAAAUCUGCCUACCAUCUCCAGAUUCUACUCAAUCCCCAAAACCAUGUCUACCUUCUUCCUCUUCCUCCUCCUCUUCAUCUUCACCAUCUCAAACCCGCCACCCUCCUUCGCCGAACAAACCCUCUCCUUCUCCGUCUCCAACUCUCCAUGGACCCCACAAAGCAAUCUCACCCUCCUCUCCCCCAACUCCCACUUCGCCGCCGGCUUCCGCCCCCUCCCUUCUUCCCCAAACCUCUUCAACUUCUCCAUCUGGUUCCGCAGCACCUCCGCCCCAAACGUUGUCUGGUCCACCAACCCCCCGCUGGGCCCCUCCGCUACUCUCUCCAUCACCUCCACCGGAGCCCUCCACCUCUCCAACUCUUCCUCCGGUCAAAACCUCUUGCCAGGAAACACCUCCGCCGCUCGAAACACCACCCAACUCAAGCUCCGAAACGACGGUAACUUAUUCUACGGUGCUUGGGACAGCUUCGCCUUCCCGACCGACACCGUAUUACCAAACCAAUCCAUGGAAGGAAACAUCACGCUCGUCUCCAAAAACGGCAAGUUCCGGUUCACCAACUCGACCAAGCUCGUCUUCAACCUCACCGAACAGUACCAGGACCUGACCGACGCCUUCAAGAACCUCGACUUCGACGGCAAGAUGACGCAGGCAAACGGCAAGUCGUUCAUCGUCUCCGACUUCGGGCUCAACCGCUCACGCAGACUCACCCUCGACAACGACGGCAACCUCCGCAUUUACAGCUUCGAUCCGAGUAUCGCGGACUGGACAGUUGUCUGGCAAUCCGGCUACGAGCUCUGUCAGGUGCACGGCACGUGCGGACCCAACGCCAUUUGCGUCAGCGACGGUACUAGCUCUAGUUAUGACUGCGUCUGCCCGCCUGGGUUUCAACCAGCACCGGGAGCCAUUGAAGACCAAGGAUGUCAGAGGAAAAUCCCUCUUUCCAAAAAUACCAAAUUUCUAAAGCUUGAUUACGUCAACUUUACCGGCGGGUCAAACCAGACGAAUUGGCCCGCAACUAACUUCAGCAUAUGCGAGUCAAGAUGUCUGAGAAGAGCUAACUGUGAGGGAUUCAUGUUCAAAUACGACGGCAAAGGCUACUGUGUGCUGCAGCUGGAUCGGUUGCUGUACGGGUACUGGUCGCCGGGAACCGAAACCGCUAUGUUUCUCCGGGUGGACGGAGCCGAAAAGGAUCAGACCAAUUUCACAGGCAUGACGGAGCUGCUGGAGACGACGUGUCCGGUGCAGAUUAGCCUCCCUCUGCCGCCGCAAGAGUCGAACGCUACCACCAGGAACAUAAUUAUUAUAUGCACUCUGUUUGCUGCUGAGUUGAUUUCUGGGGUGCUGUUCUUCUGGGCUUUUAUCAAGAAGUACAUAAAGUACAGAGACAUGGCUCGGACGCUUGGGCUUGAGUUUCUUCCGGCCGGCGGGCCCAAGCGGUUUUCGUACGCCGAGCUGAAAGCAGCCACCAAAGACUUCUCGAAUCUGAUCGGGAAAGGUGGGUUUGGGGAUGUUUACAAAGGAGAGCUGACGGAUCAGAGGGUGGUGGCGGUCAAGUGUUUGAAACACGUGGCCGGCGGCGACGCCGAGUUUUGGGCGGAGGUGACAAUCAUUGCACGGAUGCACCACCUCAAUUUGGUCAGGUUGUGGGGCUUCUGCGCGGAGAAAGGUCAGAGAAUACUAGUCUAUGAGUAUGUUCCUAAUGGGUCCCUAGACAAGUACCUUUUCCAACCGGGUCGGGUUUUGUCAACGGAUCAGGACUCGGAAAAUGUAGCCCCGGUGGCAGAUGCAGAGAAACCGAUUCUUGAUUGGGGAAUAAGGUACCGAAUUGCGCUGGGCGUGGCGAGAUCAAUUGCUUAUUUGCACGAGGAGUGUCUCGAAUGGGUUUUGCAUUGUGAUAUUAAGCCGGAAAAUAUACUUCUCGGCGACGACUUUUGCCCGAAAAUAUCGGACUUCGGGUUGGCCAAGCUGAAGAAGAAGGAGGACAUGGUGAGCAUAUCGCGGAUGCAGGGGACCCGCGGGUACAUGGCGCCCGAGUGGGUCAAGAUGGACCCGAUCACGCCCAAGGCUGACGUGUACAGCUUCGGAAUGGUGUUGUUGGAGCUUGUGAGUGGGGUCCGGAAUAACGAGAUUCAAGGGUCGAUGAUAGAGAGCGAGGAUUGGUAUUUUCCGAGGUGGGCGUUUGAUAAGGUGUUUAAGGAGAUGAACGUGGAGGACAUUCUUGACCGCCGGAUCAUGCAUUGCUACGAUAGCAGGGCGCAUUUUGAUACGGUGAACCGAAUGGUGAAGACGGCGAUGUGGUGCCUUCAGGACCGGCCGGAGAUGAGGCCGUCGAUGGGGAAGGUGGCUAAGAUGUUGGAAGGGACGGUGGAUAUCACGGAACCUAAAAAGCCCACUAUAUUUUUCCUUACCGACGACUAGAAUGUCUAUUACUAUAAUAAUGUGAAUUUUUUUUUUUUUGGAUAAUAGAAAAAAACAAGGCUGCAAAGUAGCACCCCUAAUACAAUAACGAUGUGCUCUUUGGUGGCGGCCCGUCAUAUUUUUCUGUUUUACACACGACUUUUGUUAAUAGGCGUGUGUUAUCUUGUACUUUUGGCAUUGGACUAAUGCCCUCCCAAUCCAAAAUAUGUUGGGCUGCCAAUCAAGGAAUAAAACUACUUUAAAGUCCAAUAAUGGCCGAAGAUAGA